GACGACUUGAAGAGCGGGCACUCGAUCCCAGUUUCGGUGCUGCCGACGGUAGGGUUGCCUCGCUGCCUGCUACAACCGACGAAGCCUGUGCCCGUCUUUUGCAGUCUUUUUUUUUUGUCUUUUCUCCAGGCGUAGCCAGGGCGUGCGCUAUCUUUAUCAGAUCCGGAUCUUCGAGCAGGUAUCUCAGCUGCCCACCAGGAUGCACCUCGACAGGUUUUCGAGAUUCUCUCUCUGAGCAAACAUGAGCUCCUCUGAGCAGCCCCUUUCGAUCCCCCAUCGCAGUCGCAAAUAACGGCUGGUCCAGGCAUUGGAUUCGGUCCAGCAGAUCAAUUACUGAUUAUGUCUAACAAUGGCGUCUCGCCCGCCCCAGUCGACAAAAGCCUGCCCCCUCCAGCUAGACGUCCCUGGCUACUCGCAAUCGGGGGCCUAGGCAUUUUGGUUAUCCUCGGCCUAUCUCUCGGCCUUGGCCUCGGACUGGGUCUUAAGCAUGACGACACCAGCUCUAUCCCGGACUCAAGUUCGCUAUCCCCGUCAAGCACGUCGUCGCCAAAUGCAACGCCCACGGGCGCCGUCCUGCCGGGCCUCGCCGCCAACGGCACCGCGCCGGCUCUGGAGAGCUGGCAGUUGGAUACCAAGCGCGAGUAUGUGCUCGACAUGGCCUGGAACCUCACAGCCCCGCCACAGGUGCGAAGCUACAAUCUCGUCAUCACCAAAGGCCUCGGCUGGCCCGACGGCGUCGUCAGAGACAUGCUGUUUCUGAACGGCAAGUUCCCCGGACCCCUUAUAGAAGCGAAUAUUGGGGACACUCUCCUCGUCAACGUCACAAACGGCCUGUCCGACAACUCCACCAGCAUCCAUUGGCAUGGGCUCUACCAGAACGGGACGAACUGGUUCGAUGGCACGACGGGCGUCACGCAAUGCGGGAUUCCUCCCGGCCAGUCCCUGCUCUAUAACUUUACCAUCGAAAACCAAUUCGGAACUUUUUGGUAUCACUCUCAUUCCGGCACCCAGUACCUCGAUGGCAUUCUCGGCCCCCUGAUCAUCCACGCCCCCGAGGAGGCCGAGGUCAGGAAGUUGUAUGACACCGAUCGUGUUGUGCUAGUCCAGGACUGGUACCACGAUUUUAGUACCGUCAACUUAGCCACUUACCUCGAGCCGGAAAACGAGAACACGGAGCCAGUUCCGGACAACGGCCUUAUAAAUGGAAAGAACUACUUCAACUGCUCCUCCUACGGCAACGAUUCAGGCCACACAUGCUACGAAAACAGCACCUACAACGUCUUCAAUGUGGAGCCGAACUCUCGCACUCGGUUCCGCCUCCUCAACACGGGGGCCUUUGCCGAGUUUGAUUUCAGCGUGGACAAUCACUCACUGUCCGUCAUUGAGGCCGAUUCCACUCUCGUCAACCCCCACCCAAUAGACCGAGGCCAAAUCCACGUUGCCCAGCGAUAUAGUGUCGUAUUCGAAGCGAACCAGUCAACAGCUACCAACUACUGGCUGCGCAUGUCUAUGAUAACAUUUUGCUUCACCGGCACGAAUCCGGUCCUCAACUCGGCCAUGACGGCCGUUAUUUCGUAUUCCGGGAAUACUACUAUUGCCCCUUCCAACGCUUCUGUCGACUGGAAGGAUGCAUACAGUGUGGAAUGUCACGAUCUCGAUCCAUUCAACCUCGUGCCUGCAAGGGCAAUGCUCCCACCUCCCGCCACAAAGUUCUACCGCGUCGACUUUAGCUUCGGCAUCGGCGACUACCAGCUGGACCGCGCCAAGGUUAACGGCACCAUCUGGUCUCCGCUAGCGAACACAACGACGCUGCAGGAGACAGUCAUAGGGCUUAACAGCGGCAAUGCCAGCUCGUGGUCCGUCGACGAGCAGGUUGGUGGCGCCUUGCCGUCCAACAACCAGUUCGUCCUCGGGGUCAGCUCAACGGGCGUCGAGGUCGUCGAUGUGCUCGUCUACAGCCUCGACGAAGGCGGUCAUCCUUUCCACCUGCACGGCCACAGUUUUUGGAUCCUCGAGACGGGCUCCGGCCCCUUCAACUGGACAAACUACUACGCUAACCUGAUGCCCUCUAACCCCGACGCCGUCGCCAACCCGCUCCGCCGCGACACGCUGACCAUCAACGCGUUUGGCUGGUCCGUAAUCCGCUUCGUUGCCGAAAACCCCGGACUCUGGGCGUUCCACUGCCACAUCGCCUGGCACAUGGAGGCUGGGCUAUUAAUGCAGUUUAUGUCGAGGGCUGAUAUGCUAAAGACCAUGGACGUCCCGGCACAUGUCAUAGCGCUGUGUCCUUCUAGCUGAGAUGGAUAAUAUGGAGCUAGAGGUCCGUAAUGAGUGCCCGGCAAGAAAAAUUAUCCCAUGAAGUGUUUAUAUUUGCAUUUGCAGCAAUCUGCCAUCUAUCAAGCUGUUGAAAUUUAAUUGUGAUAUUCAAAUUCAGGGUAUUUUAGACUUUUCUAGUGCCUUGCUUCAGCCAUAUGCUAUCAGACCUGAAAGCCCUACCACAGGAUUAUCUCAGGCUUGGGGUAUCCCCGCACCUAGAAUCGCACUUCAUAGCUGGUGGCCUUCAGCCUGUAGUUUUAGAGAAGACAACCCAUUCCAC